UCGUCCCAGUCUAGUCGGAUGACGGACGUUAGAGGAAGACGUUUAGGCACCCGGGUCACACCUCACUCGAUAGUCUAACUAACCACCGAAUUUCAAACUUAAUUUUAAACAGCUGAUUUAAUUGAUUUUUUUUUAUUUAAAAAUUUCAGCUGUUAAAUUUAAAAAAAAUUUUAAACUUACUUUUUUUUUGUUUUUUAUCGAUGAUAGUGAAGCACAUGUAUAUUUAAAUUGUCAGUGAGUGUUUGACGUGAGUUUGUAUUUUUUAGUUACCAAAAAAAAAUUUUAUAAUAAUUGUUUGCUCACUUGAGCGCAAUUGUGUUUAAUAGACGUUAAAUAUUAAGCGGGAAUUUUUCUUCAGCUUCCUCUUUGGGAGAUUGAAAAUUAAACGCGGUAAUGGAGUGUUUUUUAUUUUUUUAUAAAUAAAUGAAGGACUGACGGGUAAAACAAAUAGAAUGACAGUUUAGUGAAUUGUUUCCGGGUUGAAAAAAUAAAAAUUAAAAAAAUAGAAGAGAAAAAAAAAUGUUGAAAAAAUAUUUAAUUGAAUUGAAGUAAAUGUCAAAAGUGUGAAGUAACAAUCAGUAACCGCAAACAAUCACAAACAUUAAAUGUAUAUCAAACGAAUAACCGCAACGCAAAUUUAAUUUUAAUUUAAAUCAGCUGCGGAAACUUUAUCUGAAAUUUAGAGAACAAAAGUUGGGUGAAAAUUACAUGACUCUGUUUUCUACAAAGAUGUGUGAGCUUAAAUAAAUCCCUGGAGAGAUGCUUUCACCGACGGCUGGAAAACAAUCCACUAUUUUAUAAAAUACAUGAGCUUUUUUUAACUGAAAGCGAAUUCUGGCGAUUAACGGAGCGAAUUUGAAAUGUCAGCAUGUCGUGCUGUCGAUUGCGGGCUGCUGGCAAAGGAAGGUGACGCUAUCAAAUUUUGUCUCUGUAUAAAUGGGAGUUUAUUUUGAAUGGAAUUCGUUGAUGAAUAAAAUAAAAUACCGGGAAUGAACUCGGCUGCUCCUGGAUGUCCUAAAAAUUGAACCGCUCAAAAAAACUGCCACCAGCAGGAGCUGUGAAAAUGGAAUAGAAUUAUUGAUGAGAUAAAUAAAGUAGCCAGAGAGCAAAGGGGCGCUUGGGAUGCUUCAAUGCUCUGGCUAGCAUCGUAUGGAGGGCAAGGACUUUAAUACGGAAACAACUUGGCUAAGAACGCCGAAUUCAACCACAGAUCCCGAGUAUGUUUUUCAGGGAUUCCCCGGACCGAAUUCGCCGUACACUACCUAUCAGGCAAUAGCACUAACCCUGGUUCUGAGCUUGAUCGUGAUAGGCACGAUAAUAGGGAACAUUUUGGUCUGUGUGGCGGUAAUCCUUGUCAAGAAGCUGCGGCGGCCUUGCAACUAUCUGCUUGUCAGCCUUGCGGUAAGCGACCUUUGUGUGGCGAUUUUAGUAAUGCCAAUGGCCCUGCUCUACGAGAUCUUGGGCAGCUGGUCGCUGGGACCAACAAUGUGCAAUAUUUGGGUCAGCUUCGACGUCCUCAGCUGCACCGCCAGCAUCUUGAACCUCUGCGUGAUAUCUGUCGACAGGUACCGUGCUAUAUCAGAGCCUCUGGUCUAUGUGCAGAAGAGGACAAAAGGACGCAUGCUAACCUGGGUGUUCCUGGUCUGGCUGGUCGCCGCAUGCAUAAGUCUCCCGCCGGUCCUCAUCCUAGGCAAUGACCAUAAAUACGUCAACGGCGCUUGGCACUGCGAUGUCUGUCAAAACUUCGGAUACCAGAUCUACGCAACUCUUUUCAGUUUUUACGGCCCUCUCACUGUUAUGAUCUUAGUGUACUACAAGAUAUUCCGAGCAGCACAUAAAAUCGUGAAGGAUGAACAGCGUGCUCAGCGUCACCUCGGGGCGCAUUGCACCUUGGAGAUAGAACCGCCGGUGGACCACACAAGUAUUAUUAAUCGAGCGUCUAAUACAGACAGCCAAACUGCACACAACACUCCUACAAUCAAGCAACACCGCAGCUCCAGCGCUUCAACAACGUGCAGCGGACACGCAGUGAAGUGCUUCGCAGGCGGUCCAAGAAAAAGUAACGAGUCGCAGUGUCCGAUGUUAAUAAAGACUGAUAAAAGGGUAGGCUCCUCGACGACAACUUUGCGACCAAUGGGUACCGGUAACAAGUUCACAAUUGCAAGGAACCACCUAAACAGCACUUGCAGCGUAAGUUCCCCUCACAAGAAAAAACAGAAGAUUAAUUUGGUGAACGAGCGAAAAGCCACGAGAACCCUGGGAAUAAUAAUGUCUGCCUUCACAAUAUGCUGGUUACCAUUUUUUGUUCUUGCCCUUGUUAGACCCUUUCUAUCGGAUCCUAAGAGUAUUCCAAAGAUCCUGUCAAGCUUUUUUCUUUGGCUCGGCUAUUGUAAUAGUCUGCUCAACCCUAUUAUCUAUGCCACCCUCAACAGAGACUUCCGCAAGCCCUUCCGUGAGAUACUCUGUUUUCGGUGCAGCAAUCUCAAUCACAUCAUAAGGGAGGAAUUUUACCAGAGUCAAUACGGCGAUCCUGUUAAUAAUUAUGUCGUUAGACCUUGUGAUGAUAAUAAUGACGAUAAUGACGACGACAGCGACCAACGUUGUAACAACCACGUUGCUGAAUCUGUCAGUUUUGCUGCUAACCCUGCUAACGAAAGUUUUCUAUGAUUAACGUCAUUUUAGUAAUUCACUGACUAGACUAGAUGGGUGAAGGGCUAAAAGGACGAUUUUAAUAUUUAAUAUAGUUUGAAAAAAAAAUUUUUUAAAUUUACUUUGCGAGUAUAAGCUAAAAUUAAAUAUUAAUAUUAAAUAACUCUAACGUACCUCUCUUUACGUCUCUUCGUUACCUGAUAUAUUAAAAAAAAAAUUAAAGAAAACGAGUACAUAUCUCUGUACACAUUUUCAAUCAACUUUUAGUUUUAUCAAUCUCACUUUUUAAUUUUUAAUGGAUAAAAGAAAAAUAUUUGUUUUGCACGGAAAGAACAAGAUAACACUGGAUAUCAUC